GGGACUGGUGAGUAGUGGGCGAUUUAAAAACCCGCGAGUGUAGUUGUGACCUUCGCUGUAGGUGCCGGUUGGUUUCGGCUGUGAUUGUUAUGUUGGUGCUGCAGAGGACAGCAGAAGAGCAGAUUGGGUCAGAAAACUGCCCUGCCGCACCAGAGCACAGCGUACUAGUGGGACAGGGGUCCUGACUCAGACUUACUGGCUGUGUCUCGUGGUUUUUCACUGUCCUGGAAAAGGCCUGAAGUGGCACUGAAAUGAGGCAUAGAUGAGGUAACGUCGAGGGAGCGGUUUGCAGGAGGCAAAGGGGCCCUACUGAUGCUGCUUAAUAGUAAACAGUGUUUAGGACAGGUGUUGUUUCCAGCUUUACGUGUAAAUCUCGCGAUAUUGUGGCCUGGGCACUAUUUCCGUUAAGGAGGAAACUGCACAGGAUUAAGUCAUUUACCUGCUGUUGCACAGCUCUGGCUCUCGGAUUCAGGAUGGCUUCAGAGUCUGUGCGCUUAACCACCAUACUAUGUUGCCUUCUGUUGUCGUUGUUGACUGUGGCCAUGUAGCCUCGCAGUUUCCUCAUCUGUAACAGUAAAUAACUCAAAACCUGCAUGGUGGCCCACUAGGGUUUCACUUUCGAGCUUGCCAGAUGUAGAAAAUGCUGGAGAACGGAGUACUAGGAGGACCAUUAGAAGAUCUUCCAAGGCCGGACGCAGUGGCUCACCCCUGUAAUCCCAGCACUCUUGGAGGCCGAGGCAGGUGGAUCACUUGAACGCAGGAGUUUGAGACCAGCCUGGGCAACAUGGCGAAUCCCCAUCUCUACUAAAAAUACAAAAAUUGGCCAGGUGUGGUGUUCCGCGCCUGUAGUCCGAGCUGCUCAGGAGGCUGAGGUGGGAGGAUCUGCUUGAGCUCAGGAAGUCGAGGCUGCAGUGAGCUGAGAUCACGCCACUGUACUCCAGCCUAGGUGACUAGUGAAACCCUGUGUCAAAAAGAAAAAAACAAAAACAAACUUCCAAGACCUCGAGUGGUUUUUGGAGACCCUGUAUCACUUCAAAUAAUGUGUUAAAUAAGCAUCCUCAUUAAAUAGAAAUGUUGAAAAAUUGCUUUUGGAAUAAUUGGCUUAUGGAUAUUUCAUCAAAUUUACAAUUGGCUGUGCUUUCUUAUUGUGCAUACUAUGAAAUGCUUUUCUUCAAAAAGUGUUUAUAAGUGAAACUUGAACUUUACCUGAUUUCUGUAUGUUGUCAUCUUGCAUACGCCCGGUCCCCACGACAGUCCGGUUUGUAGAUUCUCUGAUCUACAAUUCUUCUCGUUCCUUCAUGGAUUUGAAGGUGCUCCUUUCUUCCUUGAAUGACUUUGCAUCUCUCUCCUUUGCUGAGAGUUGGGACAAUGUUGGAUUACUGGUGGAACCAAGCCCACCACAUACUGUAAAUACACUCUUCCUGACCAAUGACCUGACUGAGGAAGUGAUGGAGGAGGUGCUGCAAAAGAAGGCAGACCUCAUUCUCUCCUACCAUCCGCCUAUCUUCCGACCCAUGAAACGCAUAACCUGGAACACCUGGAAGGACCGCCUGGUGAUCCGGGCUCUGGAGAACAGAGUCGCUAUCUACUCUCCUCACACAGCCUAUGAUGCUGCACCCCAGGGCGUCAACAACUGGUUGGCUAAAGGGCUUGGAGCUUGUACCUCCAGGCCCAUACAUCCUUCCAAAGCUCCCAACUACCCUACAGAGGGAAACCACCGAGUAGAAUUCAACGUUAACCACACCCAAGACCUGGACAAAGUCAUGUCUGCAGUGAAAGGAAUUGACAAUGUUUCUGUCACUUCUUUUUCUGCUAGGAUUGGUAAUGAGGAACAAACACGGAUUAGUCUGAAUUGUACUCAGAAGGCUUUGAUUCAGGUGGUAGAUUUUCUUUCCCAGAACAAACAACUUUAUCAGAAGACGGAAAUUCUGUCACUGGAGAAGCCUUUGCUUCUGCAUACUGGAAUGGGACGAUUAUGCACACUGGAUGAAUCUGUCUCCCUGGAAACCAUGAUUGAUCGAAUAAAAAGACACCUAAAACUAUCUCAUAUUCGCUUAGCCCUUGGGGUGGGGAGAACUUUAGAGUCUCAAGUCAAAGUCGUGGCCCUGUGUGCUGGUUCUGGGAGCAGCGUUCUGCAGGGUGUUGAGGCUGACCUUUACCUCACAGGUGAGAUGUCCCAUCAUGAUAUUUUGGAUGCUGCUUCCCAAGGAAUAAAUGUCAUCCUCUGUGAACACAGCAACACUGAACGAGGCUUUCUUUCUGACCUUCGAGAUAUGCUGGGUUCUCACUUGGAGAAUAAGAUAAAUAUUAUCCUAUCAGAGACUGACAGGGACCCUCUUCAGGUGGUAUAAUUGCAGAAACAUCAGGAUAACACAUUCUACAAAUCAGCUGGAUGCCAACUUAAAUUUGUAACAUGAGUCAGUGGGACUGAUGUGCUUCCAGAAGAGUGUCUUCGAGGGUAUCAUCAUUUCCGGUUUGUUAAUCUUAUUCACUAAAUGUUCUAUCACUCGUAAGGUAAAACUGUAAUGUAACUACCAUAUUAAAUAACAAAUAUUCAUUAUAAACUCUAGGAAAGAUUGAAUAAAAUCUGUUUACUUAACAUUC